UGUUAAAUUUUAAUAUUUAGAACUAUAUAUCAUCUAUUUAGUUAUUUUUAAAAUAGCAGCAACAUAUUAUCAUAAAUUAUUAUAUACAAAUUAAUAUAAAAUUUUAUAUUUAUAAAUGAAAUGUUACCCGCACGGGUGUGCGGAUUAAAAUCUAGUUCUCUUAUUAAAUGAUAACAUUUAUUGUAAUUAAAAAUAGAAACCCACGUGAUUUGGGCUAUGCAAAUUGCACCAUGAAGAAAUAACUUCAGUUUUUUUGCCUAUCAAAAGUUUAAAUCCAAAGUUUAAAGUUUGUUCCUUAUUAAACAGAAAAUCAGUCGUUAAAAUAUCUAACUUUUCUGGUAGAUUUUUUGUUUCAGUCCUCUAAAUAUAUAAAUCCAUAUGAAUUCAUGAGAAUAAGUGAAUGAAAAAGGUGAGAUAAUUUAUGUAUAAACAUUUUUUACAAAUUCAGUAACUCUAGCCAAACCAAAAUUUAGUCAAUUCUCACCUUAGAAAAGAUUCUCACUUAAUUUUUUGCAUAUUAUUUUCCUGAUUCCAUCCCAAUUUAAGAAAAAUUUAAACUUAUAUUAUCUAUUCAGACCUACGUACGUUAUCAUAUAUGACCAUAUAGAGAACAUAAAGCCCUGUUUUUUUAUAAAUAUAUGUAGCAUCUACCAAUAACAUACACACAAACCCCAAAACACACAAAAACGCUUGUGAAGAAAAAAAGAGGGACACAAGAAAGGGAAAGAAACCAAAAACUCUCUUAUCGUUUACAUGGCAAACCGUUUCCUCCGACCACACCUCAUCCACCGUUUCUCCACCUUGAGUCCCGUCGGUCCUCCGUCCACCGUCGUCCCGGAGAUUCUUUCCUUUGACCAACCAAAAACAGACGUUGACCUCGAUCUCUCCGACCAAGCUAGACUCUUUGCUUCUGUCCCAAUCUCCGACCUUGUCCGUUCAACUGCCGUUCUUCAUGCUACGGCCAUAGGCCCUAUGGUCGAUUUUGGAUCGUGGGUUAUGAGUUCGAAACUCAUGGACGCGACCAUAACACGGGAUUUGGUCCUCCGUUUCGUGAAAGGAACGUUUUACGACCAUUUCUGUGCAGGUGAAGACGCCGCUGCCGCAGCAAGGCGCGUGAGGAGCGUGUAUGAGUCGAGGGGGCUUAAAGGGAUGUUAGUGUAUGGCGUUGAACACGCAGAAGACGGUGGUGAAUGUGAUAACAACAUCAAGAAGUUCAUUGAGACUGUUGAUGCUGCCAAAACCCUACCUACGUCUCACUUAAGCUCCGUGGUGGUUAAGAUCACAGCCAUUUGUCCAAUGAGUCUUUUAAAACGUGUAAGUGAUUUGCUUCGUUGGCAAUACAAGAACCCAAGUUUCAAACUUCCAUGGAAACUCCAUUCAUUUCCGGUUUUCUCCGGUUCAAGUCCUCUCUACCACACAAUCUCCGAACCGGAACCAUUAACCGUAGAGGAAGAACAAGAGCUUGAGAAAGCUCACGAACGCAUUAAAUCCAUAUGUAUUAGAUGCCAAGAAUCGAACGUACCGUUAUUAAUCGAUGCCGAAGAUACGAUUCUCCAACCGGCAAUCGAUUACAUGGCGUAUUGGUCAGCAAUUAUGUUCAAUUCCGACAAAAGUCGACCCAUUGUCUACAACACGAUUCAAGCUUAUUUGAAAGAUGCGGGAGAGAGGUUGCAGUUGGCGUUACGAGAAUCCGAGAAAAUGAACGUUCCUAUUGGGUUUAAGUUGGUGCGAGGUGCUUAUAUGUCUAGUGAAGCUAAGUUAGCAGCUUCCUUGGGUUACAAGUCACCGGUCCACGACACCAUUCAAGAAACACAUGCUUGCUAUAAUGAAUGUAUGGGUUUCCUUAUGGAGAAAGCCUCCAAUGGAACGGGCAUUGCCGUCAUUCUAGCGACUCAUAACACCGAUUCAGGUAAACUAGGUGCAAGGAAAGCAAGUGAGCUAGGAAUUGAUAAAGAGAAUGGGAAGAUCGAGUUUGCGCAGCUUUACGGGAUGUCGGAUGCCCUAUCUUUAGGAUUGAAAAGGGCUGGUUUCAAUGUGAGCAAGUACAUGCCGUACGGGCCGGUUGAAACCGCGGUUCCAUACCUUAUCCGACGAGCAUAUGAGAACCGCGGUAUGAUGUCCACCGGUGCUCUAGACCGCCAACUUAUGAGGAUGGAGCUUAAGAGGAGAAUAAUGGCUCGGUGAAGAAACAGAUUCAUAUGCAUCAAUGGAAGGAGACAUUCAUGAAAUUUGGCAGGCAAAUGUGAAGUUAUAUCCUUCGUGAUCAUUUCAUUAUAUGUUAUUUUAUAUUUUGUUGAUGCACUAUACAUGAUUUUAAUUAAUAGUGUCUUCUUCAUGUUUUG